CGUGGUUACAUGCACAUUAAUAAUUCGAUUAAAAUCGCAUUAUUGCAUUACUCCGUUUAAAGAAAUGUCAUGUAACUCGAAUAAUUCGAUUAGAAUCAGAUUUUAAGAAAUCCGAUUAGACGACGUGGAUUAUCUGAUUUGGGUCCGAUCGGAUUUGUCAUGUAACAGAAUACUCCGAUUUUAACUGGAGUAUUCCAUCCCUCGCGCUGUUUUAAUCAACUGAUAAACUAGAUAGCACCUCGGUAACAACAUAAAAUGGCGAACAAAAAAGUCCACUUUUGGACAGAGGAGGAGACCCGUUGUCUAAUUCACACAUUGAAAGACAACCAGAUUUUAAAAUACAUGGAUGGGCGAACGACAAGAAAUGGCGAAUUAUUUAAAAAGGUUGCCGGCGAGUUGGCCAAGGCCAAGUUUUGUCUAUCAGCUGAGCAAGUCAGAAUCCGGUGGAAGGCAUUGAAGACCACUUACUACAAAGCGAAACGUAACAAUAAUGUAAGCGGACACGCCCCCCAAUUUUCCCCUUUUUAUGAAGAGCUGGACGAACUUCUAGGAAAGAGGCCACUGUCAAACGUGGAGGGAUCCGGGGUGGAUAUCGGCUUUGAAUCGCUGGGCAGCCAAGAACGAUCAAUCGACCCAGACACAGAAGAGGAUGUGGACGUAGGCCUAGAAGUGGAGGUUGAGGAAGAUGAAGAGGAUGAAGAAGAUGUGGGCACUGUGGACCAGGACCGAGACAAUCCCUCAAGUCUGGGCCAAGCAACAGUGGCAGGGAAGCGAGGGAGGAAAUCUGCGUGGGAGCAGCAGCAAAUCUUCCUCCAGGAGCAGGAGCGCAGACAAAUGGACGUUCUUCGUCAACUGGCGAGGGAGUCUGCUGAGCGCCAGGAGCGGUUGGUGGGAGGCAUCCUGGACAGCAAUGCCAGGAUGAUGGCCAUGCUACUGGAGAGUCUCCAGACCCUCCAACAACCUGCACCGGCACCAGCACCUUUGCCCCACUUCUACCCUGGCUACUACCCCCCUGAGAGAUCAUAAAUAAAAUACUGUAGUAUAAACUUCA